AAACGAAGAAGAAACGGAUAACUAUCCGUUCUCAUCGCAUCUAUCUUUCUCAAACCCUUCUUCUUCUUCCCCGGCCAUUUUGAAAUUCUUCUUCAAUUCCUAAAACAAUAUUAUUCUUCAGGCACAAAACAAUGGAUGAGGCUACCAACACCCCUAAGGCAUUAAAGACUCCUAAGUCUUUAGGGACCCCCAAGGGCAAUGUGACGGAUCCAUUCGAAAAUCAAAAGGAAGAUUCCGAGGAGAACAAAAAGCAGGGACAAGAGAAUGCUGAUCAGAAGGAGGAAGAGAAGGACAGUACCGGUGUCGAACACAGCGGUCCCCUUGAGCCGGUUGAGAUACCGGAAGAUCCCCAUCCCACCCUCGAAAAGCUUUGUGAUGACAUUGAGCGAUGCAUCUCUUCAUUGCCUACACCUAACGAGAAAGAUGAAAACCAACAAGAAGAUAAGGAUAAUGCAAAUGAGGCAAAAGAUACAAAAGGUGAUGAGAAGGAUGAAAAGGAUACAAAAGAUGACGAGGAAGAAAAGGAUGUAAAAGAUGACAAGGAAGAAGAGAAGGGUGAGAAAGAUGCAAAGGAAGAAAAGGAUGUGAAAGAUGAGAAUAAGGAUGAUGAAAAGGCUGCAGAUCAGGAUGAGAAAGUACUAGGUGACAAAGAUGCAAAGGAUGAGAAAGAGGCUGAAAAAGUCGUCGAAAAAGAAAAGGAUCUCCUUCCAGACGAGCUCCUUAAGCUUAUUGACAAGUUCUUGACUUGGGUAGAUGAUAUCUGUUGCGAAGGCAGAUGCAGGUGGGGAACGGUGCCUCAAGACGACGAGGCGUUCUUGGAGGCUGUGGAUCUGAUGGCCAAGAUGAGGGAGUCUCUCUUGUCCGUCUGUUCUAUGGGAUUGAAAUUCCAAGAAAGGCACGGCGGUUUGAUCAACCGCCUAAGUAGCAUUCAGCACCGAGCCAUGGCCUAUCUGGAAGAAGAAUUCAGAAUCCUUCUAGAAGAAUCCAAAACCGAGUCUGAUCAUCAUCAUCACUCUACAGCAGCUGAUCACAACCAUAACCAUAACCAUAACAGUAACAGUAACAAAGACAGCAGCAGUGGUAACAAAGGAAAGAACGAUCAAGAAUCACAGCCGGAAUCCGAGUCAGAAGGAGUUGUUGAAUUUCCCGGGUUUCCUCAGGAGGUUGUGUCCAACCUGAAUAAAAUAGCCAACAAGAUGAUCUCCGCCGGCUACGAAUCCGAGUGUUGCGAGGUCUACAUCAUCUCCAGGAGGCAUGCAUUCGAUGAAAAUCUCCACAAGCUCGGCCUAGAGAAGCACAGCAUCGACGACGUGCAGAAGAUGCACUGGGAAGCGCUGGAGAGAGAUAUCAUGUUGUGGGUCAAGGCAUUCAAGCAAUGCUCGCAAUUCUACUUUUCCGGUGAGCGCCAGCUGGCAGAGUCGGUGUUUCCCGAGCCGGUGCUUUCCGAGCAGACGCCGAUAUGGUCGUGUCUGUUCAGCAAUCUGAGCAGAGGAGUGAUGAUACAGCUCCUGAAUUUCGCCGAAGGAAUCGCCAUGUCGAAAAGAGCGGCGGAGAAACUGUUCAAGACGCUCGAUAUGUACGAGGCGGUCAAGGAGAUGCUCCCCAAGAUAGACGAGCUUUUUCCGGAGGAGUGCGCCAGGGAGCUGAAGACGGAGACCACGACGGUGCUGAACCGGCUGGGCGAGGCGGCGAUAUUAAUCUUCUGUGAUCUGGAGAAUUCCAUCAAGGCCGAAACGGGUCGGAACCCGGUUCCGGGCGGGGCGGUCCACCCGUUGACCCGGUACACGAUGAACUACCUGAGAUACGCGUGCGAGUACAAGGAGACGCUGGAGCUGGUGUUCAAGGAGCACACCAAGAUCGAGCGGUCCGACUCGACGAGCAGGCCUGACGGUCGCGACGAUUACGACGCGAGCGACACGUCGUUCGAGAUACCCGACGACGAGUCGCCGUUCGCGGUGCAACUGGCGCGGGUGAUGGACUUGUUGGACUCGAACCUGGAGGGGAAGGCGAAGCUGUACAAGGACGUGGCGUUGAGCUCGAUUUUCAUGAUGAACAACGGGCGCUACAUCUUGCAGAAGAUCAAGGGCUCUCCGGAGAUCAACGCCUGCAUGGGCGACAAGUGGUGCCGGAAGAGGUCGACGGAGCUGAGGCAGUACCACAAGAACUACCAGAGAGAGACGUGGAGCCGGCUGUUGAGUUUUUUGAGCCACGAGGGGCUGAGCAACCACGGCAAAGUGAGCAAGCCUGUGCUGAAAGAGAGGUUCAAGAGCUUCAACGCUAUGUUUGAUGAGAUUCAUAAGACGCAGAGCACGUGGGUGGUGAGUGACGAGCAGCUUCAGUCGGAGCUUAGGGUUUCGAUAUCGGCGGUGGUCAUUCCGGCGUACCGGUCGUUCUUGGGCAGAUUCUCGCAGACGUUGGACCCGGGAAGGCAAACAGAGAAGUACAUUAAGUUUCAGCCGGAAGAUAUAGAGACGUACAUUGAUGAGCUAUUUGAUGGCAACCCCAGUACCUCCAUAUUUAGGAAAAAACCUUGAAAUCAUGAAGCCAAUAUAUAUAACACUACUGUCAGUUCAUUUCAAGGCUCAGGGUGGAUUAUUCAAGGAAACUCAAGGCUGAAAUUGAAGGAAGAAGGAGGAGCUAGCUAGCGAGGUGUACGUAGCGAUUCAUGUGUAAAGAUCAUAUGAUCAUGUGAUUUUGCUAAUCAGAUAUCAUCAGGUGAAUUGAGGAUAGGGCGCCCGUAGCACUCAUUUCAUUGGUUGGUUCAGCUUUUAAAAAUUCGUUCAUCUACUUUUGUUUAUUCUUGCUUCAAUUUAAUCUGUGAAACAUGCUCCAGUUAGUAAUGAUCCAAUUAAUUCAUGAAAUUCAUUUUGUAUGUGUUACUGUGUAAUCCUCUUAGUCAUUUACAGGCUCAAAUCCUAGUUAUAAUUGACCCCUUUCUGGUUUCAA